GCAUUGAAAUUGUGGAUUUUCCCAUAGUUAUUUAAAGUGAUAGUAUCUAUGGUUUUGAUAUUAUUUUCCAAGUUUUAAAUUGCAUGAGAACAUUCAAUCAGUUGUAAAACUGAAUAAAAAAGCAUCAACAUUGCGAAUAACUUGUUCUCUACCGGUAUUUUACGGGUAAAAUUACCGUUUGGAUGCCCAUCAACCUACCUAAUUACUUAUCGCGAGCGUUUCCGACAAUUCCCGAAUGCUAUUUGAAGACCCGGAUACAACACAACGGACGAUGAGGUAAAUAGCACACGACAGUUAAAAUUGUUAUUUCUUUCGAUUGUGAUACACUUUUAGUUUCGUCCAGCGUACUAUUUACAUACUUAUAGUAUUACAAAUCGUUUUUGCAAAAUUAUUUUAUGAAAAUAAAUUCAAAUACGAUAUAUUUUCAUGUUUCAACCAGAAAACACAAAUGGGGUACACGAGGGGAUUUCAGUGAAUAUUGUAAACAUAAAAAUCACGAAUAAACAUCGACUUUUAUAAUCCUUUGGGUCAUUAUCUUUAUGGGGUUUUUUUCUGUAAAGAGCAUAUGAUAUCUAAUUACAAGUACUAUAUACCUGUAACGUUAUCAAUUUAAUUAAAACAAUUUAUGUAUUUUUUGAAAUCACAAAUACCGUAUCGAUUUAGAUCUAGAUCUACAUGCAAUAGAAUAAUGUCUUUAUUAAGAAAUAAGGUAUCAUUUUAAAAUAUGUAUUGGGAUUAAAUGCGGGUUUGUCACGUGAUCAAAUUCCAUAAAGCCCGAACGGCUUUAUGGAAAAUUUGAUCUUGUACCAACUCGUAUUUAUAUCCCGAUAAAUAAUUUAAAAUGAUACCUUAUUACUUAUAUUUACAUUUUUGGUCGGUAAUAUUGCUGAAUUGUGUUAACAACACGUUUCAAUACAUUUCAAAUUGUUGACGUCCACAACGAAGCGUCAUAGAUGUUCAAAAUGACGACAACACAAAACAAAGUUCCAUAAAAUGAAGAACUGUUUUAAUUAUUAAGACGCUAGAAAGCAAGUAUAUCAACUUAUACAUGUACUUAUACAUUAACUCGGGAGUAUAUAAUGGAAAACUCUUUCAUAUGUCUAAUUAUAGGGGGUGGGGGAAUUAUGAUUUAAACGGGGGUGCGCAAUGUUACACUUACAGUUGUGAUGCGCUUUCACUUUUGAAAAGUGAAGACGUUGAAGACCGACUUUGAAAGAUAUUCUGUGGAUAUUACGGAGUUAACAGAAGACAGAGAUGGAGGAACAUGAAGAACAGGGCGGCACUCGUCAGGUGUAGGCAAAUCAUUUAUAGACAGGACAGAGGACGCAGCUCAGAUGAAUCUCCGGAAAGAACUGAACAUCACAGAGAAUGUGGAACUGCACGAAGGUUUUUAAUGACGCCUCGCUUCGAUGUCCCGACAUAAACUUGGAAACCGACAUCAAUCACCUAUGGAUGUUGUGGCAUAGAAGCAGUGUGGUGUGUAGGAUUUAAUGCACUUUGACGACAUCCUGUGAAUGACCUUUUUGCUAAAGCCUAAUGUCAUCGUCUAGCAGUACAUAGUGAAGAUGUAUAAAGCUUUGGAUAGGGUCAACUAUGCCAAUCUGGAUCUUUGUAGACAUUUACGACAACCCAAGAAAAAGCUCGGAGUACCUUCUUUAUUGAAAUUAUGUUGUCAGAAAAUUAACAGUUGCCAUGUAGAUCUCAUCAAGGAGGCUUUAUCAUGCAUACCCAACCACCUCGCUCCUCUGCUGUUGGAAAUAGCCAUUGAUGUUGUGGCUCCCAAUGCUGUGAUUACACUGAUGUCUAACUGGCCUUUGCCUGUAUUAUGUUUUGGUGAUGUUGUGCAUCCAGAAAACAAAGACAUUUUUACAGAGGAGAUGGGACUUGAUCUCAUGGUCUUCAAAGGAAUAAUAGAGAGAACCAAAGCCUGUAGAAUAAAAGUUCUGGACUUGCGAGGUUUCAAGCUAAAUGCAACAUUUAGCAAGUUGAUUGUGCAGAUGUGGCCUAUAUUAUCAUUGAAGAAACAUCAGUUAAAACCAAAGAAACUUGCAAAGAUAAUAGCGAAAGCAGCAGAUGUUGAAUUUAGUCGAUAUAUGGAAGAACUGCUCCCAAGAAUGCUAAACGACAUUUUGUCACAUGAAAUGGUGCAAGAUUCACAACUGCUGAUUCAUAUUCCAAGAGGAGAGAAGAUGGUUGUGAAAAUAGACAAUAUACAGUUUACAGCCAGCAACACAUUCUUUAUGGACUACUUAAUCUGUAAUUGUCUGAGAUCUGUGACCCCUGUUGUCAUCACCGUCUCCAACAUCCAUAUCAAGUCAGAUCUGGGAAUAGGCGAUGAAGUGAUGGAUUCACUUGCUCCAUUUAUUGUAUUGAAAGGACAAGACAUUAAUACACUUGAGGGUCUGUCACUCAGGCAGUUGGAGGAAGGAAUAUUUUUCAUGGUCUCUCAAAAUCUAAAGAAAUUUUCCAAAUUGCGUUCACUUGACCUUCAGGACUGUAAUAUAUACUUACAAGAAGGGAAGACGAGAAGUAGGACUAUUGGUAGGGCCAUAAUGGCGAGGACUCUGUCUGGCUUUGAAAAUCUAGUCAGACUGGAUCUGAGUUUCAAUUAUCUUCUUGGAUGUUUGGGAGAGAUUUUAGAUGCAUUAAGACUUCCUUUGGAAUUCCUCAGUCUCCGAAAUUGUGAUUUGAAUGACCACGACUUAGAAUGCUUGGGCAAUUCAAAACAUGCAUUGUCACUGCAGGAACUGAACUUGAGCAAAAUUUGUCAGUUCUCAAUAUAUGAUAAUGACCGGAUUUCAUCCAUCAACUUGUUCAAGGUUGUGUUUUGUUUCAAGAAAGUAAAACUGCUCAAUUUGGCCCAAAAUCACUUUCAGGAUGCUUCAAUUCCAAGUUUCUGUGAAAAACUACCUCAGAAUUUGGAAAGACUUCAAUACUUAGACAUUGCUGGAAAUGUGCUUACAGAGGAAAGCAUACUGCAAAUAUGCAAAUCUCUAGCCAAAUUAAAGCACUUUCAAUGGUUUCGACUAACGUGUUCAACCAAUCUUCUAGACGAAGCUCUGGGACAUUUAAAUCAAGCAAAUGAAAAUGCUCUGCAAGCAAAGCUGCGAAUUUGCAGCUUGUUAUCGGCUUUGGGAAGGAAAGAUAUCCACAUCGAAGUAGUGAGAUUGUCCUACGCAAUAUUUGUUGAUCUCAUGGAUGUCAUGGAAGUGUGAGGAUUUCUUGUGCUUUGUGAUUCCUCUUGUUAGAAAACAAUUCAUAACUUCAUAAAUGGCAUUAUGGGCAGGGUAACAGACAGUUGCCAUUGUAUAUAAGAACGGUGUUCUCUGUGUUCUAGGUCCUUCGUUUCUGCUGGUUCAUCAAUAUAAAAGAAUAAAACCAUUUGAUAUUGUUUUAUUUUGUAUUUUGCAUAUUUUGUAUUCUUUUUACAGAAUAAACAGUAUCACGUUA